GAAUUUUUUCAACUGAUUUUUCGGGAGGAGGAGGAUGGGUGAGGCAGCACAGAGCUCUCCAGGGGAGCUUGUCUGUGUUACUGGAGCGAAUGGUUUCUUGGCUUCGUGCCUCGUCAAGUGUCUGCUGGAGCGAGGAUACUAUGUUCGAGCCACUGUUCGAGAUCCCGGAAAUGCUGACAAGGUGUCUCACUUGCUGCGUCUUCCUGGAGCGUCGGAAAGGCUGGAGCUGCGAGAAGCCGACUUGCUAACCGAGGGUAGCUUCGAUGACGUUGUGAGAGGCUGCCGAGGAGUUUUCCAUACAGCUUCGCCAGUUACUGCUUUCACUGUCGAUCCAGAGCUGGAGAUGAUUGCGCCGGCAGUGAAUGGCACACUGAACGUCUUAAAGUCGUGUGCGAAAGCUCCUUCAGUCCGGCGUGUUGUGCUGACUUCUUCGACGUCGGCGAUUCGUUUCAUGCCUGAGAUGCCGUUCAACUCAGUCCUUGACGAUACCUCUUGGAGUUCGGAAGACUUUUGCAGGAAAUACAAGAUGUGGUACUACCUGGCGAAGACCGUUGCCGAGAGAAGAGCGUGGGAAUUCGCCGAGAAAAACAACCUCGAUCUUGUCACGGUGCUUCCAAGCUUCGUAGUCGGUCCGGUGCUCCCCAAGAACUUAAGCAGCACCGCUCUGGACGUGCUUGGCUUACUCAAAGGCGACGCUAAGAAGUUCUCGAUCUACCCAAGGAUGGGGUACGUCCACGUCGAAGACGUUGCUCUCGCUCACAUCCUCGUGAUGGAGGCUCCUGGAGCUCGAGGCCGCUACAUAUGUUCCUCCACAGUGAUGGACAACGACAAGCUCGGCGAGCUCCUCGCGAUGAGGUACCCGCAGUUCAAAGUCCCCACCAAGUUUCCAGAGUCAUACAAAUCGAAAUACUACACGCUAGACACAUCCAAGCUCGAGAAACUUGGGCUCAAGUUUAGAUCGGUGGAGGACAUGUUUGACGACUGCCUAGAGAACUUUUAUCAUCGGGGCUUGUUCUCCUUGACUGACACACUCUAUUGAUAUAGAGAUAUCAAUGGCAAAAAAGCUAAGAUUAAAAGUGA